AUCAGAUUGGAAAACGAUGUCGUAGCUACAAAACCCUCCCUCCCCAUUUCCUUCCGACCUUCUCUUUAUAAUUCUAAAAAUUCACUUCUUCAAAUAUAUUCCUCACAGAUUCAUCAAAUCUUCCAUAAUAAUUCUCUUGACCAGCCCCCAUGGACGGCGCCAGAACUGCCCUCACCACCGCUCUCUGGCGGUCCUUCAGAAACGGCGAUUUCGAAGAACAAGACGUCUGGAAUGUUCUCAACGACCACGAAUCCACAACCACUUCCACAACCACCUCCUAUCAUUCCAAUUUCUCCACUGCCGAUUCAUCCUUUCUCCCCUCCGCUUCCAGAAUGAUUCCGAGGCCCAACGGCGGCGUGGGUGGUCAAAUUGGGUUGAUUCCGCAGUGGUUGAAAAGCGAGAGAAGUAAAAACCCUAGGAAUAGGAUCAGGAAAGUGUGUUGGGAUGAAGAGGAUGAUGAGGAUGGAGUUGAGGGCGGCGGUCAUAGCAAGGAGGAGGAGGAGGAGGAGGAGGAGGAAGAAGAAGAAGAAGAAGGAGAAGGAAUUGAGAAGAGAGUUCCGCCGCAUGAAUUGAUAGCAAAGAGAUUGGCUAGGGCUCAGAUAUCGUCGUUCUCGGUGUUUGAAGGAGCUGGAAGAACUUUGAAAGGAAGGGAUCUGAGUAAAGUAAGAAAUGCUGUUCUAACAAAAACUGGAUUUCUUGAAUCCAUAUGACACUCAAAAUCAAAAUUUGGGUAUUUUGUGAAAUAGUUUCUCUCUUUUCUAGGGGUAUUUUUGAAAUUUCAGCCUUUUAUUUCCAUUUUUUUUUUUUUUUUGUUUCACCUCCACCUCCCUAUAUAUAUUCAUAUUGUCCAUCUA